AUGCACAUUGACAGCUUACUUUGCUGGCUCGCUGCGCUCUCCCUGACCAGCGGAGCCUUGUCCCACCCACACCACCAUGGCCGAAAUGAUGACCUACAUGACAGACGCCAUCUACUUGCCAGACAGCAACCUCUGUCAAACACUACAAGACCAGCUUCGUCCACACAGCCUCCUAUCACGCCGGAUCCUAGGUCAUCUACGCGCAUAUCCUCUGUCACGACGAUUGGGACAUCUAGCUCUGCACCGAAAACUUCGACCAUCUCCGAUGGCGAGGUUGUCGUGGCCGUGAUCGGCGCGACGUACCUGGCCGGUGCCGGGGGCGCUACUCUGAUGGUCAACGGAGUGGCUCACCCCUUAGCUGCAGGUACUGUUGUAGCCAUCACGGCGGGAGGUCCCAACGGUGAUACCCCCGAAAUCGAAACUGUCUCAAACCCGAGACCAACGCAAAACCCGAAGACUUCAGACCCAGCGGAGAGUGAAUCCCGGCCUGCCUCAUCGUCGGCCCCGUUUACUCCGACUUCCACAGCUCCAGCUAGCACCACUUCCGCAGCCUCCACCUCAUCCGGCACGCCUUCAUCCACGGCUUCCCCUACCCCAUACAUCAUCCUCAUUUCUACAAAUGCUACAAAGGAAGACACGCAAAGUCUCAACAGCACGCUUUCAAAGGAGGCUGCGCCCAACUCGUUGAAAGAAGUCACUAGUGACCGUACCGGUCUUGUGGCAUUCUUCAAGGCUAACAUUACUUCUGUUCUGGCUGCAACUAUUGAGAAAGAGCCUGGUGUCGCCGGUGUUACCCCAGAUGAAAAGCUUGAAGACGAACAACCGCCCUCGUCGGCGCCACCUACAUCGGCGACACACCGGGCGUCAGCGACCGGCCCGCCUGGCUCACCGAAGACCAGCGUUCCCAACCCGGCUGACAUCAGACUGCAGUCCGAUGCAGUAGACGAGCUCAAGGUCAUCUCACAACCCGCCGGAGCCAGUCUUGCUGACCUGCCCGGCUACGGGUACGCCUCUGAAGCGGGCAAAGGUGUUACGAUUUACGUGAUCGACACAGGCGCAAACGCAGAGAACACGGAAUGGACAAACAUGCCUGGAAAGAAAUCUUUCAUGUACGCCCCUGGUGCCACACAGGAUGAGACAGACUUCUUGAACCAUGGCUCGUGUGUUGCGUCCAAGGCAGGUGGGCCAGUAUAUGGUACCGCGAAGGAUGCCGACAUGGUCGCUGUUAAGCUACCUGGCAGUCUCUCCCUGUCUGCCAUUUUUACCGCGUUGGUGGAAAUCAGCAAUGACGUGUACCAGAAGAAGCUUGAAGGAAAAGCGGUUAUCAACAUGUCGCUUGGAUCUCGCAUUCCGGAUAAGCUGUCUUCUACGACUACCGCCUACAAGCUUCUUCUUGUCGCUCUCAUGGCGGAAGACAUCGUUAUCGUUACGGCUUCGGGCAACGACUUUCAAUAUGGCGUUGACGAUGUUACGGAAUAUCCUGCUCUUUUCGGCCCUACCACGGACAUCAUCGUCGUGGGCGCAGUUGAAAACGACGGAUAUCGCGCAUUCUUCUCCCAGGGCUCAGGAAGCCAGUUGACUGUCUCCGCCCCUGGCUUCGUUGAUUGCGCCUCGGGCAGAACGGCCGGAUCGCAGGAUCUCUAUGGCACCUCUUUCGCCGCCCCAACUGUCGCCGGUGUCAUCGCAGUGUGGCUUUCCCAAGACGAACACAAGGCUCGCCUUCAAGUUCCAGGAAAAGUGGCUGCCAAUGUCAAAUCUAUGAUCCAGUCCCUUGCGUACCCGAGAGUUGAGGGUGAGCCAAGUGUGAUAUGGAACGGCAUUGAUCCUCGUGGGCUCGCUUGCUCGGUCAGCGGAAGCAGAAGACGACAAGCCAACCCCUCCGGCGGGAGCUCAGGCUGCCAAGCAACCUCUGCGGCGCCCUCAAGUAUUGCCACCUCGACGCCGCCAGCGUCGACUCGCGUUGCGCAGACAUCCGCAGCACCCUCCUCUGCCCCCUCAGCGCAGCCAUCCGCACCUCCUAAGCCUUCGUGGAGCGACAACCCCCAGGGAUUCGCGAAAGUCCUUGAGCGAGACGGAGUGGCCAGUGCUUUCUAUGACAACACCUCAGACAGCGCAAGUGAAGGAAUCACAGACAACAUCGAAAGUUGGUGUCUUUCCAAGUGUACUGGUCAAUGCGCCUCGGUAUUCCUGUACAGGAAACUCCAAAUCGUCCGCGGCGAGUACAAGCCGUAUUACAUUUGCAACCAAUAUAAUAAGCAAUGGUCAAACGACUUUAUUCAAGACGGCAUAACUUCAAACGACGCGGGAGUAGCGUUCAAUAAAGUAUAG